AUGGCCGUGCUCUGCGGGUGUGGUACUCUUGUCUUGAAGACAUUGUUGCUGCCUGCGAGCACUGCGUCUUCUUUGUUCCCUCGGUUGAACGUGAUUUGGCCCGUGGUGCGCGACCGCCCUCCCGGCGAGCGCCCGCAGGGGGCGGGGGCACCUGGCGCCAGAUGCGCCGGCGGGAGGACGGUCUCUAGUUCGCGCGUUUGCCGCUCUCCCAGGGCGGCGCGGCGCCGCGUGGAGUUGCGGCACGUGCAGUCAGCUGGCGCGGAGGAGCAACCCCGCGGCCGCAAGUGUCGCCUGGUGGUGCGUCUUUUGCGCAGUGCCAUGCGCAUCCUGCUGCUGAAGCUGCCGCGGCCGUGGAUCGUGGACGAGAAGAAAGACGACGGCUACACGGCGCUGCAUCUGGCAGCGCUCAACAACCACGUGGAGGUGGCGGAGCUGCUGGUGCACCAGGGGCGCGCCAACAUGGACCUGCAGAACGUGAACCUGCAGACGGCGCUGCACCUGGCGGUGGAGCGCCAGCACACGCAGAUCGUGCGGCUGCUGGUGCGCGAGGGCUCCAACCUCAACAUCCCGGACAAGGACGGCGACACGCCCCUCCACGAGGCCCUGCGCCACCACACGCUGUCGCAGCUGCGCCAGCUGCAGGACGUGCAGGACGUCGGCAAGAUCGAGGAGUGCGUGGUGUGCUCGGACAAGAAGGCGUCGGUGCUGUUCAAGCCGUGCGGCCACAUGUGCGCGUGCGAGGGCUGCGCGGCGCUCAUGAAGAAGUGCGUGCAGUGCCGCGCGCAGAUCGACCACGUGCUGCCCUUCAUCGUGUGCUGCGGCGGCGGAGGCGUCGGCGCAGACAAUGUGCCCUGUCUGUCUGGAUCGAUUGAAGAAUAUGAUUUUCCUGUGUGGUCACGGCACAUGCCAAAUGUGUGGUGAUAGAAUGUCUGAAUGUCCUAUUUGUCGCAAGGCUGUUGAGAAGCGUAUACUUCUUUAUUAACUUUUUUUUCCUUCUUUCUUCUAAUCUCAAAAAAUAUCCUUUGUAAUUCAGUUGGAUAUUUUACUCUAUUAUUUGCCUUGAGGGACAUGUGUUGCUCAAGUUGCUGUAUUGAAAUAUUGCAUUAUUCAUGCUGUGAUCUGUUUUCAAAAGCAUGUAUUAUAUUGUUUACCUCAUUCGUAGAAGAGGUGUUAACUGUGUGAAAAUGUUUUUAUCCUACUGUGUAACAGAAGGCCUACAAUCAAGUAGAUACUGAAUGUUUUAUAAGGCCAAUAAAUGAAGCACAAUGAAAAAUGUGUUAAAAGCAGGAAUUCCUAAAAAGACUGUUGCGUUGCAAUGAGUGUUGACAAAACAUAUUUGUUAAAUCAAUUUCUAAGUUAAAGCUUAUUUUAUAAAUAUAUAUUACAGUGUAGAAAUAUAUUUACACAUGCUCGUAAAGUCAUUUACAUACUUUAUGCAUAUAUUUAAAACUAUAUAAAGCUAUGAAGUACAUUUUAAUUCUUGUAAAUGAGAUCAUCAGUAUGUAGAAACAUAUCUUUUUUAUCAUAAUAAAUAAUACCCAGCAUUGAAUUUCUUUCAAGAUUCAAAAUUUAAUUUUAUAUUUGAAUAUUGAUAUUCAGUUUAUAGUUUAAGUAUGUUGUAGAAUUACUUCUCUUUUUCUAGAAUUUUUUUCUCUCAUUAUUUAAUGUGAAAACUCAUCUGAUAUAUUAUUGCAAAUAAAAGUAACAACCAAAUUUAUUUAGAGUAAUAUUAUACAUUCUAAAUAGUGGAAUAUUUGUUAGUAUGAGUAUAACUUACUUGUACAAUAAUUAUACAAAAUGAAAUUAAUUCAAAAUAAGUGCUUUUUACAUUAAAGAUAUUGUUGCAAAUUAUGUGUUUGUGUAUUUUAUUUACUUCCCAAAAUAUAUUUCCCUUUUACCCUGCUUUACUUUUAGUAAUGGGGAUAGAUACCUAAUAUUCUUUUGGGAUUGUUUUUAUGCUUGUUGAACUACUUCAUGACUUUUCUUACUCGAAAAAUAUUUGCUGAUAUUGUAUUUAAAAGCUAGACUAUAAUUAUUGAUUGAAAAUUUAUAUAUAAUAGCAUUACAUUCAUAAGAAAUCAAUUAGUGUGUUUUUGUGAAAUAAAUCAAAUGUAAACUCUUCUGAGGAUAUUUA